AUGAAUUCAAUGUGAGUAAAAGAUGAAUGACCCACUCAAUCCACUUAUAUAUGUACACCAACUCUCUCUUUGUUACAAUGCAAUGGGAAUGGCUCUUUUGACUCUUCUCCAUGUGGUCUCUCUAGUUCUCUGCUCUUCCUUCUUCUUUGAUAGUCACUGUGUCUAUGCUUCUGCUCCGGCAAUGUAUGUGUUCGGGGACUCAUUGGCCGAUGUCGGUAACAAUGACUACCUUGAAUUCACUCUUAUAAAAGCCGACUUUCCUCACAAUGGCAUUGAUUAUCCAAACCAGAAGCCUACCGGUCGGUUUAGCAAUGGCAAGAAUGCUGCAGAUUUUCUCGCUGAGAGACUUGGAUUACCACCUCCUCUUCCAUACCUGAGCAUAAUCCACAUGUUCAACAUAACCAGUACUGAUGUAUUCCUCCGUGGCAUCAGCUUCGCCUCCGGUGGCGCUGGACUAUUAGACUCAACUAACAAAGGGCAAUGCCUCACAUUCAGCAAACAAGUAUACAACUACCACUCAGUGUAUGCUAGUCUAGUUCAGCAACAUGGGGUUGUCAAAACACAUGAUCAUCUAUCAAAAUCCAUAUUCAGUUUUAUCAUUGGAAGCAAUGACAUAUUUAGUUAUUCCAAAUCAAAGGCCACUCCUCAGCAAUUUGUCGAUUCAUUGGUCUCCACUUUGCAAACUCAGUUUAAGAGACUAUACAAACUCGGUGCACGAAAGUUCACUUUCAUCGGUGCAGGACCGACAGGCUGCUGUCCAUCACAAAGAGCUAAGAGCAAGACAGAAGACUGCAAUCCAGAAACGAAUCUUCUCUCAAUUCUGUACAACAAUGCUGCUUAUAGUCUACUGCAUGAAAUGAAAUCUAACUUCGGUGACAUGAACUAUUCUUUCUUUGACACCUUCAAUACAUUACUCCAAUACAUUCAGAAUCCUGAAACUUAUGGUUUUACUGAAGUUAAGGCUGCAUGCUGUGGUUUAGGCAAGAUGAAUGCAAAGGUUGCUUGUCUACCAAUUUCAAGCUAUUGUUCCAACAGAAAAAAGUACAUCUAUUGGGACCCAAACCAUCCGACAGAGGCUACAGUGUCACUGCUCACAUCCACCGUCAUUGAUGGAAGUCCUCCAAAUGUUUUUCCUGUAAAUCUAAGGCAACUAUGUGCCCUCUAAUUGGAUAAGUUUGAACAUGUUGUUUGGUUUUAUUAGUAGCUUAAUCUAAAUGUCAAAACAGGACGGAUUAAAUUAAUCACCACUUUAUCCUUUCAUUGC